AUGACUCCCACUCCUCCCUCCACCACGCCGUCUUCUGGCGGUGCGCAUUCGCCAAACGACCAGUUUCGCGUCUGGUUUUAUAGGCUGAAAUGCGACCGGCUUCACCCCUGCAGCAACUGCGUAAAGCGGGAUGGUACCUCGACGGUGACGUGCCAUUACGCUGCAACAGCGCCGCGAAAGAAGGCUUCAGCCCCUACCCCUGCUGGCCCUGGCGACAUGCAGAACCGAAUCGAUCGCCUCGAGAAUCUCGUGCUGUCACUUAUGCACGGAGGCGCCAAUAUCGAAGUCCCGCUUCGCGCACCCAACCUGGGCGACGAUGGUAGCGACGUAGAUGACGGUCUUGCCAGCUCACUCGGCGUUCUCAAGGUCGACUCUGAGAUGGGCAAGUCCAUGUACCUGGGCCAUGAGCACUGGCACUCUUUGCUCGCCGACAUCGCCGAAGUCAAAAACUACUUUGUCACGCAUAAGAAGGAAUUAGAAAAGAGCUUCAAGCAAGUCAUCAACUCGAGGCCUGCGCACGCCCUUGAGGGACCUGUGCUUCUUCUCGGCACAUUGCGCGCCCCUGAAGUCGAGCUGCGCGCCGAGCUCCCUGGCAAGACUGCCAUCCUAACCCUGUGCGAGCGUUUCUUCUGCUCUGCGGACGGCUGGGUCUCCAUCAUUCACCGCCCGACGUUUCUGCGGCAGCUCCAAGCCCAUUGGCAAGAUCCUUCCCAGACGCCCUUGAUGUGGAUCGGCCUCCUCUACUCGAUCCUGUGCCAUGCUGCGCUCAGCUACCACAAGGCUGGAGAUGAGCCUGCAGAUAUGAAGGGCCGCUCCUGGAUAUUGCCGCGGAGUAUCGGCUGCGGGCAUCACAAUGAGAUGAGAAGAAGAGUCUGGGCCACGGUCCGAAUGGCCGAUGUUGUGUUUUCACAUCACAUGUCCCUUCCUCGAAUGAUCAACGACAUGGACUGCGAUACCGAGCUACCCCGCAAUCUUAGAGAUGAGGACUUUGGGCCAGAGUCCAGUGAGCUGCCUCCGCCUCGACCGGCCGUUGAACGUACGAAUGUGGAUUAUCUCAUCGCCAAGGCGACACUUUGCAUCGAGUUUGGCAAGAUCCUGCGCGCAACCACGAAUGUGGGCCACCAACUCACAUACGAAGAAGUCUUGCAGUUCGACAACGAGCUCCGGGCCGUUCGCGCACAGUUUCCGUCUCAUCUCAAGAUUUUGCCAUUGUACGACGCCAUGGAACCGCCUCACAGAUAUAUCCUACGUUUCCAUCUCGACUUGCUGUAUCAAAAGGUCCUAUGUGUCCUUCACCGAAACUUUAUCCCACGAGGGCGACAGAAUCCGCGGUACGCGCACUCGCGCCGAACGGCCAUCGAAUCCUCACUUGCCAUGCUACACCACUUGGAGACGCUUCAUCGCGAGACGCUGGUAGGCGGUCGUUUAGAAGAGAUGAAGUGGCACGUUACGACGCUGGCCCUCAAGGACUUCAAUUACCCAGCCGCUCUCCUUGCCGUCGAGCUACGGUAUUCGAGUCGGGAGCCCCAUGAUAGCCCCAGCUCGCCCUUCACUCCUACCGGCUACCCCUGCAGUCCCGAACAGCAGCGCGAGAUGCUCAGGGUUUUAGAGGUCACCAGGGACAUCUGGCAAGGCAUGUCUCACUCGUCGGUGGACGCUUACAAGGCCGCGGCCGUUCUGAAGAUCCUGAUCGAGAGCGCGAAGCAGGCUCGCCGUGAAGAGACGGGCCGGUCCGUGACACCGGGAGCCCCGAGCACGUCCCGCCUUACCAGCUUAGGCUCGUUUGACUCGCCCGACAUGAGACCGGAGCAGUCGGCUGCGCUAGGCUUAGGCAUGCUCGCCGGAUCCAUCUCUCCCUCUAUGCCGCCGGAGCUCCAGUUCGACACGUUUGGCGUCAACCGGCCGUCUUCCCCGCCGCUUUCCAUGUUUCCUCAGCUUGGAGUGACUGGCGCGGAAGUGCCCGGAGAAGUUGACUGGGAUGCCUUCGAGAACUAUACGCAGCAAAUGAUAUGGUCCGUCGACCCAGCCUUCCACAUCUUUGGGACGAGCGAAGAGGCAGCCCAGCAGGGGAAUAAUCCCAACAACGAGGCACCGCGAUAUACCAGAUAA